AUGCUCGCAUCAAGCAGAAUCCAAACUCUUCACUUCCGGAUGCCAACAGAGCUCUGGGACCGGCCCUGGGGCCCUCUUGGGCGCACCAGAGAUUUGGAUCAUGGACUCGGCCCCUCUCGUCGCCACUGCAGUGACUGCCGGGCGCGCCGACAACCUGGAUCGCUUGCUUUCGUCUCCAAAGCCAUGUUCUUGCAGGCUCCGGCAUCCACUGCUGAGACAACUAGCACUCUUUUCGGUCAGCAGUGUCACCAGCGCUCAAGAAGAACAGAGUACCCUCACGCGGCGAUCAUGCUUGCGUUCGCGAAAGCAGCCUGA